AUGGAAAUGUUAGCCCUAUGUCCUAAUAUAAAAUAUGGAGAUGGGGCGGACAAGUAUUUGUACGGAAAGCAUAACAUGCCGUCAGAGCCGAUAAUACUGUCCACACAAUCGCCUAAUAUUUAUGUCCCAAACGUUUCGCUACAAAAAUAUUUGUUGGAAAAGUUAGACAAACACAGCGACCAAACUUUGAUUGAAUGCGAAACCGAAACAACUCAUUGUUUUUAUGAAUUGGACGCCGAUUGCCGUCGAGUGGCGAAUGCACUCAAAGACUUGGGCCUCAAAGAGAAUUACAUGUACCCUAACAUGCUUAAACAUACUAGAAUUUAG